ACCUUCUCAGUUAUUUUUACACUUCGAAAAGACUACAUGUUCUGUGUCCACACCUUUACGAAUCAUCCGCUGUCUAAAGCAGAAAACCUCACCUACAGUAUAUUUUGUGGAUUUGGAGCGAUAAACUUCCGUCUUUUAACCUGAACAUUUUGGAAGCUUACUCAUCGGGCAGAUUCAACUUUAAAUUCCGCAAAUCAACUCUUUAUUUCUUUUUUUUUUUUUUACACAACAGUUGCAGACGUGGCUUUGGCUUGAACUGAGCACGCUUAGGAGUGAAUGAAUCCUCACCCAUUCUCACAUUGCCACGACAACGAUGACAAUGGAAGAGAUUAAGAACGAAGCAGAAACGGCCCCAAUGGUCUCCAUGUCGCUCUAUGCUGUGAUGUACCCCGUGUUCAAUGAGUUGGAAAGAGUGAAUCUGUCUGCAGCACAAACUCUAAGGGCUGCUUUCAUAAAGGCGGAAAAGGAGAACCCAGGUCUCACGCAGGAGAUCAUCAUGAAGAUCUUGGAGAAGAAGAAUGUUGAGCUCAACUUCUCCGAGUCUUUAUUACGCAUGGCUGCGGACGACGUCAAAGAGUACAUGAUUGACAGGCCAGAGCGAGAGUUUCAGGAGCUGAAUGAGAGAGCUCGAGCACUGAAACAGAUCCUCAGCAAAAUCCCAGAUGAGAUUAACGACAGAGUGCGCUUCCUGCAGACUAUCAAAGACAUAGCCAGUGCCAUUAAAGAGCUUCUGGAUACAGUUAACACCGUCUUUAAGAAAUACCAGUAUCAGAACCGAAGGGCACUGGAACACCAGAAGAAAGAGUUUGUGAAAUACUCAAAAAGCUUCAGCGACACUCUGAAAACAUACUUCAAAGAUGGAAAGGCAAUAAACGUGUUUGUCAGUGCCAACCGGCUCAUCCACCAAACCAAUCUGAUCCUCCAGACCUUCAAGACCGUUGCAUAGGAAAUUCUGCCUUCAAUUUUUUAAAAUGACAAUAUAACCUUCAAAUGAACAUGGAAAAAUGCUGGGGACUGUGUAAUUUAUUAAUCUUGUGGGCCAAUUACUUUGGGAUGUUCAUUUCUUUCUUUCUUGUCUGAUUUCUAAUUUCCUUUAAUAGCUGGGUUAAGAGCCAAGAAUUUUUCAUGCCAUUUUUUCCGCCUCUUUCUUUCGCUCCCUUAAUCAUCCUUCACUCCAUGUCUCCAUUUUGUUGUUUUAAAGGAAAACAUUUCCAGAUAUUAGUUGAAAGAACAGCUGACGUCCUCUCUCUACAUACUGGAUUUUCCCUGUCCUGUCUAAUACUCUAAAUUAUAGAAAGAGAACGGGCAGAUGGGAGAUUGUAUAUUUAAUAAAUAUUUGGUAGCAGAAAUAUUCAAAUAAAUAGACUGCAUCUUG